CCGGCGUGCUCUUCAACCCGGCUAGCGGCGAGAAGGCGGCCGUCACCGCCGUCGUCAUCACCAACAUGACCGGCGGCCGGCGCAUGUUCCACCGCUUCUGCGGCUUUGCCCCCGUCCACUAACACCAAGGCGUACAAGGCGCUCCUGUGCGUGCGGGACUUUCCCUGCGUCGUCGAGCUAAUGGUGGUCCCGUGGGGCGGCGGCGGCGCCGCCCGCCGGAACAGCCCCGGAGAGAGGCGGUGAUUCCCUGCAGGUUUGGCGGCGCCAAUCCUGACCCUAGCUCCUUAAGCCUGGACGGCAACGUGUACGUCCUUCCUGACACGUCGGCGCGGGAAAUGCUGGCCUUCAACGUCGACGACGACACGGCCACCUUCGCCAAGCUGCCACCGGCCGGGUGGCGAAUGUCGGAGCUGAUGGAGGUAUGGGGUCGCCCAUGCGUCGCCACGGAAUACGUUAGAGGCGGCACCAUGCUCUGGACGCUCACGCCGGAGCACCAGUGGGAGCUGCGGUGUUCGUUCGCCGCCGUCCCUAGCCCUCCGCGGGGAUUCGCCGGCGCCGGCGACAUGGUCCACGGCGCGUGGGACUGCGGCGACAGCCUCCUCUUCGUGAUGUUCUGAGACGGCCGUGGCUGCAUGUACGAGUACGGCCCCCAGGAGACGGCGGCGGUGGUGGCGCGAGAGGUCGACGAUGGCGCCGCCGCCGCGCGUGACCUCCUGCCUGCGGAGCUGCGGAUGGCCACGUUCUGCUGGGGCUACCGGCCGACGCUCAUACCUCCGGCGACCGUCCUCGGCGAUGUUGCCGCGUGGCCCGACGAGCGUGAUGGCCUCAGGCAUUUCUCCUCCGGCCGUAGCAGGGCCCACAAGAGCGCCAUCGUUGUGCGGGAGCGCGGCAGGUGCUUGCUGGAGUUGCUGAUGGAGAGGAUGCGGAAGCGGCCACAGCGCGGAGCGGAGCUUGCUGCCUCGGUGAAGAACCGAAGAUUGUGUAAAGAGACAUGAGUACCUCAGCUUAUGUUUGUGGUGUCCCAACGCUCCACACCACAAGGUGAUCGACAUUUGGUUUGCAGUCCCAGGUAUACUGCUGCAUAUCCCAGUCCCAGGUAUUUUUAUUGAUUUACAGUGUUGCAAUUUCCUUAAUGGCAAAGCUAGCUAGAGAAAUGCACCCCGAGUGUUUUUACGCCUCCUCACUCAAAUUUUUUUGGGGGAGUUUGGUUUCAUAUAGGUGUGGGAGCAUGUCUAAUGGGCUGUGAAAUCCAACGUCUGUACCACAUCAUAUCGAUCCAUGCAUGCUAGCAAGCUAAGUGGAGACAACCCACCCUAAUCCAAUGCAUCAGUAGUCGAAAGCGGAACACCACAAGCCAUUUCGUUCAUUCUGCUACUAACCAAAACAAACUAUUUGCCAAACUAUGGCAUGCUAUUAACCAUGGCAUGGGAACACAAUUAACAAAAAAGAAUCCAUCUACUUCACAAUUAACAGAAAACAUUCUUACAUAGAUAGUGACAAUCCACAACUGAAUCCAACUACGGUGCAAAAUUCAGAUCAAAUAGAUAGCCCAACUACAUCACAUCAUGUACAGAUUUGGUUCUGAACAUGACAUCAAUAGAAAUUAAUGAGAAAAAGAAAGCGUGAUAGAUUGACAGCAAGCUAGAUAUGGUCCUUGAUGACACAUCCAUUCACAAGAAUGCAGAACCUUGACUGACAUCUUGAGAUGGAAUUGAAAGACUGUGAAUGAAGCAUGUUUAUCAUAUAAAACAUGAUGUAUGUGUUAUGCUGUACCUGAUGAAGUGACAAUGAUUUUUUUAAACUAAAAAAAAAACUUAUGAAAUGUGCACCAAUGCUGGAAGGUUAAGUUCAGUAUUGGAAAGAGUGGCAUAAAGCAUCAGAUAGAAGUUAAUACAUAAUUUGCAGUAAAUAAGGUCAUCGGCAAAGUGAGUCCUCAAAGGAGGUUGCACUUGGACAGUUGCAAUGCUCAUAUUCUAUUUAGUGCAACUAGAGAAGGGGUUUGGAAAGUGGAAAAGGUUGCACUUGAUCACAAUCAUUACCUUGCUAGUACAAAUAAAAGGCAAAAGUUGAUGUCACAAUGGCAUGUUCUAGAAGUAGACUGGCAGCAAAUUGGCCAGAUAAGGAAGGAUGGGAUGAAUCCAACCUAGCUGUGUUUAUGAAGGAAUUUUAUGGAGGAUAUGAUAAAGUGCCAUUCUCAUGGAUGAUUAUAACAAUAACAUUCGUCUCAAGCACAAGAAGUACUUAGAAUCAAAGUAGAUGCAAACAUUGUUGGAAUACUACAGUAUUUGAAAAAUAAGCAGCUAUAGGAUCCAAUAUUUUUAUGCCAUUCAAAUUGAUUAGGAAGGUGGGAAGGUAGCAAAUUUCUUUUGGGCAUAUGAUCAAUCUAUGCUCUACUCGCCGGAGGGCAGCAAACUCUUGCGCACAACACACGCUCUUUUCACCGGAGAGCAGAAAACUCUUGCGCACAAA